CUUGAUCUUCCACCACUAUCAAUGGCACUGUUUUCGGGUGCGGGAUCCUGACAACAAGAAGUGUGUUAGUGUUUCAAAAUACACUCAUAAAGAUUCGACGGCUAACCCUUCAAUCGAAACCAUGGUGAAGCUAAAGUGUUGAAGUGUCAAAAAUUGUUGUGUGUAGAAAUGAAGGAGAAAAUCAAAAUGAGGAAAAAGUCGAAGACAUUGAAGCGACAGACCGUGACCGGUGCCAGUACUACACCAGGUGGAAGAAGUAGCAGCACCAGUGAAGGAGCAGCAGUUGUAGCAUCAAUCGACGAGUCCUCCGGCAGAAGUAUCGAAGACGACCGACCAUGUGUUGCAGACCACCUGACAACUCGGAUUGGUGCGCGCGCGACUCGGAAAAAAAGCAAAGGCGGUGGCCAACAAAAGGCAGAAUUACGACGACCUGUAGAAGCUGCUGUGCGCACGAAUUAUGAGGAUCUUGACGAAGAUUCGGACGUGGGGGAGCGGGUUGUUCAGGGAUCAACAGAGGGGACAAUAAAAAUGCUCCUCCAUGACGAAUCCGCAGCUAGUACUGCUAGGGGCGCUCGUUGUCGUUCUCCUUCUGCCCCUGCAACAAAAAUAGAAGUGACGAGUUGUUCAAAGGGAACAACAUCAACAAUAAUAAAGAAGAAAAAGCGACGAAAAUUGGACACGACCAUUAGCAGUGUGUCAUCAACAGCCCCACCCUCCGUCCAGGACCGUCCCGUCGCACUCGCAGCAUUGGAGGCGGAUGAAGAAAUGCUAAUGCAAAAUACGAGAACAACUAAGAAGAAGAGAAGAAAAGCAGCAAAGCAGGGUGUCACUCCCACUUCUUCGAAGGAUUCUGCGGACGAAAAUAUACCUUCAGAGGCUUCUCCUGCGAAGCUGCAGAAAGACGCCGAUGAACUACAAACAGACGGAUUGCUACCCGUUGUGCGACACCGAGAGGAGAUUCUGCGAGCCUAUAACAACACCGACGUGCUGAUUUUGCAGUCUGCCACGGGGUCCGGUAAGACCACCCAGGUGCCGCAAUUCUUAGCGCGCGCGGUGGAGCGCAAGAUCUUGUGCACGCAGCCGCGGCGGGUAGCCGCGACUAGCGUUGCUGCACGCGUGGCGGACGAGAUGCACACCACUCUUGGCCAUGGCGCGGUCGGGUACCGCGUCCGUUUUCAGGACUACAGCGCGCCAAAUAACAAGGUGUUGUUUCUGACGGACGGUAUGGCUGUCCGCGAGGCCGUACAGGACCGGGCGUUUCUGGACUAUAGCUGUGUAAUUCUGGACGAGGCGCACGAGCGAAGCGUCCAAACGGACAUUCUAAUGGGUCUCGUGAAGGAAGCCCUGCGCAUUCGUAAGCAAAAAGCGGCUGCCACAAGAACGGAAAGUAGUACUUCUACAGAGGGCCAGGUGAAUCUGAAUUUGGAAGGUGGAGCACCAGGAGGACCAAAGUUGCUGCCUAGUCAGCGGAACGUGCCGCCACUGAAGGUGAUCGUUAUGAGCGCAACGCUGAACGUCGCGACUUUCCGGGGGUUUUUCCAGGAUGAAUUCAAAACCGAGGUGCUGAAAAUUGACGGACGGCAGCACCCGGUGAAGCUUUACUACACCCCCGCCCCCGCAGACGACUACAUGCUGGCUUGUGCCACGGCCAUUUUGCAGCUGCACAAGACGAAACCGGCGUUCGGCGACAUCCUGUGCUUCCUGCCAGGACAAGAGGCCAUCGAAUCCCUCUGCCAACUACUGGAGGAGCGGCGGCGGAUGGAGCAAAGUACGUCGAAUGAGGCUGCCGCAGGAGCAUCUUCAGGGACUGCGAAGAACGAAAAUGGUGAAGAAGAAUUCCUUGGCGAGCGCCGUGAGGACGCAGUGGUGGGCAGAACCGACAUCGAUAGUCGUCUUCUGGCCCGGGCGCGAAGUGCGAAAAACAACAAUGCGAAUGGUAAGGUUGCAGCCGAUGCUGCGCGAAGAAGUGCCGAUAUUGCGAAUGAUGAAGUCAAGAUUCUGGACCAAGAUGCAGCGCCAGUGGCGGCCCAAGACGCCGACACCGAUGUUCUUGAAGAUCACGCUGAAAAGACUACUGGUGCGGAAGAUGCUGACAUGAUAUCGUCUCCGCUGAGUGACGAACUUGAUGAUGAAAACCUCGUUACAGAAAAUAACCGACAGGAAACCCAAAGCCUCGAUCCUGACCUUCUGAUCUGCCCCCUGUACGCCGCUCUCCCCUUCGAUCAGCAGAUGUCGGUGUUUACGCCCGCGCCGCCGAACGCACGGAAGGUGGUGCUCGCGACCAACAUUGCGGAGACGUCCAUCACGAUCCCCGGCAUCCGCUACGUCGUAGAUUCCGGCUAUGUGAAGCUCAAAAUCGCGCACCCCACCACCGGCGUGGAGUGCCUGAAAGUGGUCGAGACCAGCAAGGCGCAGGCAGACCAGCGCAGCGGGCGUGCCGGCCGCGAGGCGCCCGGUGAGUGCUACCGGAUCUACCCCGAGGCCUGCUUCCAGAAGUUCGCGGCGCAAACCCCGCCCGAGAUUCUGCGCACCGAGUUCUCGCAGCUGUUUUUGCUGCUGAAGAGCCUGGGCGUUGCGCAGGUGGACAAGUUCCCCUUCCUCGACGUGCCGCCGAAGCAGCACAUGAUCAAGGCCUGCUUCUUCUUGAAGCGCAUCGGCGCGCUGAACAAGAAGCUGGAGCUGACCGAGCUGGGCCACAAGCUCGCUCGGUUGCCGCUGCACCCGUUGUUCGGCCUGGUUCUACUAGAGAGCGUCGCCUUCGAGUGCACUGCCGAGGUGCUCAGCAUCGUGGCGAUGCUCAGCAUCGACGCCCAUUUCUACUUGAACAUCACCGACGACAAGCGAAAGAAGGAGUUGCGCGACACGCUGCUGCACCCCAGCGGCGACCACUUGUCGCUGUUAAACGUGUACCGAAAGUGGCGCAAGGCGGCCACAUACCACCACCAGAAGGCCUUUUGCCACAACUACGGACUGAACUUUUUUGCGCUGCAGCGCGCGGACAAGGUACGCGAACAGCUGAAGGAGCUGUUGGAGCACAGUUUGCACGUGCGGCAAAUCGGCUCCUGCGGGGCGGAGCUGGACGUGGUGCGGAAGUGUUUCUUGAAGGCCAACUUCACCCAUACGGCCAUGCUCACCUCUAAGACGACGGGCGAGUACUGCACCGCCACGGAGCGGCAGCACGCGCGCGUGCACCCGACCUCGGUCCUGUUCCAGGCCAAACCGCCACCCGAGGUGGUGCUCUUCACCGAACUGGUGACGACGACCAAAACUUACAUGCGCACCGUGAUGGCCAUCGAGCCGAGGUGGCUCAUGGAAGUCUGUGGCGGCCAGUUUUUGAAGAUCGAGGAUCAGGAGCAGGGCGGUCGAGGUAGCCAACCGAGAUGAAGCGAAUGACAAGAAAAAAUGGUCAGCUAGUACAAGCAGACGGCGCUUGCGUGCAGGUCGAUGGCUGAGUUUUCUUCGAAGGCAGUCUCGUUGGAGACACACAGCUGAAAACGACAGUCAAAAUCCAAUGACAAUACUAGAUAACGCCCACCUGGGUGGAUUUCCGGACGACAUUCAUGCUACUUAGACUUACUACUAGUAACUGACUUCGCUGCGCAUGCAGUUUCUAAGCCUGUUACAGAACAACUCAUAAUCAUAUCAUAAACUUGAUCUUUAUCGAAGCAAAGCAAUGCUACAGGC